GAUUUACCUUUUCUUAACGAUCUUAUUUUGGGAUUAAAUAAUAUACAGAAAUUGGAAUUAACUCACGGUGUUUAUGAUUCGGAUGUUUAUAAGCAAUUAACUUUUCCAUCUUAUCCCAAUUUAAAAGUUAUUGACCUUAAUUUAUCCUACUCUGUCGCUUCCAUUGCAGCUUACAGGAUAAUCCUUAAAUCACAUAAUCUUCAAAUAAUUGUGCUCCGUUUUAAUGCUUAUAAUUAUUCAGAGAAUAUUCUGUCGGCGAUCUCUCAAUGUUGUCCAAAACUUAAAUACCUUAAAUUUUAUUUAGAUAAGGGAUAUCUCCCCAUAUUUCGGCAAGUUUUAAUCAACUGUCAACUGUUGGAAGGAAUAUUCAUUGACACAAACAGAAAAUAUCUUUCUCAACAUGGUAUUGAAUUAUUGAAGAUGUUGACAACAUCAGCUCCACUUGGUUUAUAUAAGGUGCAUAUUGGUAAUUUUAGUUAUUUUAAAAUGGAAUGUUUGAAAACCUUUUUUGAAAAUUGGAAAGGACGAAAACCAUUGUUGUUAUCUUCGCUUGAGGUUGAAGUGGAAGAUAAAAAAUCAGAUAAUAUUGAAAG